CUUUAAUUUAAUACAUAUUUCAGAUUAAUGUUACUUGAAAGUGACCAACAAUAAGACAGUUCAAACAACAAUAAUCACUAACUAUAUAAAUCUGCAUAUGUACUAUGUCUUAUAGAUAUACUUUCAGUCAAUAAGGAAUCGACGAAAAAUUUAUGAUGACAAUGAUUUUAGAGAGGUUGUCAAAAACUUUUAUAAUCUGAUCUCUGAAUUGAAUAAAAGUAUCUAAUAAUCACAAUCUAUUUAUUAGUUAAGAAAAUUACCAAACCUCAUAUGAGAAAAUAACCAAAAUAGACUAAAUAGAGAAAUGCAAUUACAACUAAGUAGCCAACAAAGGAACUUCCAACUAUGACAAAAAGAGAUGUCAAUAUUAAACCUGGAUUAUUGUAAGCUCAACAAUACUUUAAUUCUUGUUUCAGUCAAUAAAUUGUUAGUCAAUUAUUACCCAAUUUCAAUUAACCAAAACAUGCUCCUGUUUUUUAUGAGAAAAACAAGCAACAUCUCCAAUUCUAAAGAAAUCAAAUUCACAUACAAAUUGCUUAUAACAUCUAUAUCAAGAAAUUUGGUUCAUCCCUUGUUGAAAAUUAAGAUCCAACCUCAGUUGCCAAAAAAGUCAUGAAUACCAAUUUUAAUCCUAAAGUAAUUAUUCAUUUAAGAACCAGUCCCAAUUCUAAGAAGAGGACAAAUAAAGUAAUGCAUCUGAUUAGUAAAAUAAACUUAAUGAAGAUGGUAAAUAGAAACCCUUGAAAGACUUAGUUCGAGAACUUUAGAGUGAUUAAUGAUUUUCAAAAAAAUUAUAGGAAGUAAG